AUGACAUGGAUGCUGACGCUGCGGUUGUACAAAGACGCCCCCCACAAGAGCUUCUCGAAGCUCAGGGUGCUCCGAAAGGGGCAGGAGGCCCGAUGGGCCCGAGCGCGAGACGAGCUCGCGGCCGCGAAGAAGGCGGCGAAGAAGGCGGCUGCCGCGCCUCGCCAGCGCAAGCGAAAGUUGGCCGCCGUGGUGGAGGAGGAAGAGGAAGAGGAGGAGGAGGAUGAGGAGGAGGAGGCCAUCGUGUCUCGGAAGUGCAGGGGCAGGCGCAGGCUCGUGGUGGAAGAGGACGAGGACGAGGACGAGGAGAAGCCCAAGCCCGAGCCUGCCCUGCCCGAGCUCGUCGAGGAGGAGACCGACGACGAGACCGACGACGAGCCCGCGACUCCGGUGCGGGGAGUCCGUGCGGCGGCUCCUGGCCGCGAGGCCAAACCCCUGGCCAUCUACGACCCGGCCGCCGGGAGCAUCCGGAUUUUCCUUCCUCCGGACGCCGCGCCUGCCCCCUCUCUCUGA